AUGUUAAAGUUUUACUUGGAGAAGUGGAAACCUACGACAAACCCAGCCACUUCUUGUAAUAAAACCCUACACAUAACACUUCUUGUCCUAACUUCAAUAAUCCUAGUCAUGACCGCUGCUGCAACUACAAGACACACCUCAUGGAUGGUUGCUACGGCCAUCGCCGCCGUUGAAGCUCGUUGGAACUAUCCUCUCCGUUUAUUCAACAAAGAUGUCAAAGCUCGUCUACGUGCCAUUGCUGUCUCUUCACGUUCACGUUCAUCUUCUUCAUCUUCUUCUGAGGUUGUCAGAGAUAGUAAUCAUCCUUUGCCUACUAAAUCUGAAGCUUCCAUGGAGAGAGUUAUGGGCCUGAACUGCUUCGGCCCAACUACUGUUCGAUUCUAG